CAUCUGAAAAUGUGAUUGAUGAUGCCACAGAAAACUCUUCCUUUACUUCUGGAGACUUAGGCCAAACUGAAAAUAGCAACACUUACCAGUUUCAAGUGAUGGUGCAGAGUCCUGAUGAAUCUGUAACCAAAGUGGAAGUUUCAACUCCUGAUGACAAACAACCUGAGCAGCACUUUGUGACUCAAGAAAACGAGGAAGGUGACAUUUCAGACAGCAAAAGUGGUGGAGUCUCCCCACAAUCUCCAACCUCAUUAGCAACUCCACCUUUUGAGUCCCAACUUCAGGACAAUACUGUGAGCACAGAUAAGCAAUCUCAUGCGGUCACAGAAUCCAGGGGGAAUAGAAGAAAAAUGGGAUCCACUCGUAGAAUAAAAGGAAGACAGCGUGAUAAGGAAUUUAAAGAUGAAGAUGCAAUUGGUGAUGAAACCCCUGAAACAACAGAAAUGUCAGAAACAGAGGCUACAAGACCUGAAGAAUUACUGCAAAGAAACGAUCAUGACGUUUCUCUGUCGGUGCCACAUGACAGCUCCAUGUUUAAAGUGUCUACACCUGCUUAUUCUCCUGACAUACAGAGCCCAACUGCAAAGAGUUAUUCUGAGAUUAGCCUGGACAGUUUAAUUUCUGAAAGUGAAAACCUUAAGGAAGAUAAAAAUCAGACAACCUUUAAUGUGAUUUCAGAUAAACCAUUGGUAUCUGUGAUGGAAGAAGUGGUUAAAUCUGAAACUGCUCUGACUGAAGAAGUCAAAGAUCCUCAUCACCCUGAUGGCAACCAAGCUAAACAGCACUUUGUGACUCAGGAAAUCAAGGGAGGUGAUGUUCCAAAUACUAAAGACAGUGGAGUCCCUCUACAAACUCGACUCUCAUUAACAACUCCACCUUUUGAGUCCCAACUUCAGGACAAUACUGUGAGCACAGAUAAGCAAACCCAUACUGUCACCGAAUCCAGGGGAAAUAGAAGAAAAAUGGGAUCCACUCGCAGAAUAAAAGGAAGACAGCGUGAUAAGGAAUUUAAAGAAGAAGAUGCAAUUGAUGAUGAAACCCCUGAAACAACAGAAAUGUCAGCAACAGAGGCUACAAGACCUGAAGAAUUACUGCAAGAAAACAAGCAUGAUGUUUCUCUGUCUGUGCCACAUCAUGAAAAGUCCUUUAAAAAUCAAAAUGACGGAGAUACUAAAGUGAUUAAUGAUAAACCAGUGCAGGCUGGGAUGGAAGAAGUCAAAAAAGAUCAACACAUAAAACUUUUAGGGCAGGAUGGAAAUUUACCCAGCAAUAUUUUGUUAAGUGGAACAACAGAUUGUACCAUUGCAGUUGAGAUAACAACUGACCAAACCAGCCCAAGAGAAAGCACUGAAGUUGAAUGCAGUGUUGCACAAGAAACAUUUUUAGCAUCUCAAAAUGUGUUGACUACAAAUAUGGAACAACAUGAGCAUUCCAACCCAAUUGAGGUCACCAAAGCUAAGCAGUCAGAGGGUGCAUUAAUGCAUCAGACUGACUGCAGCGCAAGUACAGAGAGUCACCAAACAUCCUUAUCUGAAACAAAUAUCUCUUUGGACUUCCACCAUCAGGAUAAUUCUCAGGACAUUACAGAAAUUCACACACGCCUCAGCCAUACAGGGAAUAGAAAGAAAAUGGGUUCAAGCCGAAGAAAUAAAGGAAGACAGGGUGUCAAGGACCCUGAUGCAUACCAGGAACCUAAAGAUGACAUUUUAGAAAACCCCACAAGUAAUGACAAACUCAGAACAAUUGACAUGUCACCAGCAACAGAUAUAACAAAGGAGGAAGAAGAAAAAGACCUCAUAUCCAUUGACAAAGAAGUGCAGAUUAGCUCAACAGCAAAAGAAGGCAAAAAUAAAGAAAAGUUGUCGGAGGAAUAUGCAUUUUUCUCACAGAAUAAUAUGGAUAGCAAUACAGAUGGACUUCUCAAAUCUAACAAAGAUUUCAAUGAGGAAAAUAAAGUUGUUCAAGAUGCUAUGAAUUUAGAUCAGCUUACAGGAUGUGACACAAUUACAAAGCACCUGAUGCAAUCACCACAAGCCUCAGUUUGUGAAAUUCCCUCAGACAUGCAGCAUACCUCAUAUCAUGCUGGCAUCGAAGGCUCUAGCUCUCUGAAGGUGCUUGAUAAAGAAGAAGCGUUGGAGGCAAUGGAUGCAAGCAACGGCCAGCAAGAACAAACUCAAUCAGGUAACAGAAAUACUUUCCAAAUAAAUCCACAACAAAAGAAGAGAAAGAUAGGUUCUUCUCGCAGGAGUCAACUCAACAGAAAAAAAGAGGAAGAAACAGACAACACAGAUGAAACCAAGGAAAGUGACUUUCACACCGAAGCUGACGUGAGGAAUACUGACAAGUUGGACGUGGUAGAGUUACCGUUAACUACAGAUAUACCACAAAAUGAAACUGCACAACCGUUAUUCUCUGCUGUUCAUAAACAACAGGAAGCUGCUGAAACCUUUUCUGUACCAAGCAGUACAGAGAUCAAUGUGAUACCAGUAGUAGAAGAUUUUAAGGCCCCUCUUCCUGAACAGUUUUCCUCUCUCCGUGAAGAAACUAUCAGUCUGGUUACACACGUUAUCACAGGUGGUGUAAGAGAAGUUAUUGUGGAGCCGCCACAGCUAGACAAUUUUACAAACACUGAGACACAAAUAACCACUGUGGUCACGGGUAGAAGCAGACGCUCCAUAAAUCAGCUGCUGCCCCCAAAUACCGAGGCUGCCACAGACACUGGCAUAGCAGAAGAGAGCUUAGUGUCUUUUGGUGAGGCCAGGCAAAAUACACAUAGCGAUGAGGAAAGGCCAGAGAGCAUAAAAGAAGUACAAGAUCAAGAUGCUAGUGAGAAAAAUCCAAGCAACUUGAAUGAAGGAGCUCAUAAUAAAACUCAAGAGAUGAGGAGUGAAAGUCCAAAUUUACAUUUGAGCAACCGGAGAAGAAAGAUGGGCUCCACCCGCAGGAAUCUUGGAUCCAGAAACAAAGAAGAGCUCCAUCAAAAACAGGAGGUGGAUAACGAAGCAAAGGAGACUGGAGCAGACAUCGGGGAAACUGAAAGUGUCUCCAGAAUCAAAGAAGAAGCACUUCAGCUUCACACAGAUCACAAAAACAAUGAUGGCGAACAAGGAAAACAGAAAGUAUUUGAAACAGUGGAAAUCAGCCCUCCGGGUCAGUCUAAAUUCAAACCUCUGCCUGAGCAAACAGUUGAAGAGAGGCCUGUUUCCCAAGACCAGCUAGCAGAAACAGAACAUCACACUGCAAAUGACCUCCUGUCUACAUCCUUAAAAGAUGAUUUUGUGUCAGAAUCAGCAUCUGGAGGGAGGAGAAGAAAAUUGGGAUCUAACCGAAAGUCCCGUGGACAUCAGCGUAUAGAAGACAAAACAGGAGAGGGCACAAUAAUAGAUGAUCAAAGUGGGACAGAUGCCAGAAUUUCAGAGGUUGGAAAAUGUGAUAAGAAACCAUCAUCAGGCCUCUCAAAGAGUGAAGAGCACUCAGAGACUGUGAGUGAGAAGACUUCAGCCCAACCUUGUAAUUCUGGAAUUUUUCCUGUUAAAGAGAAUCAAACAUUUUCUCUGGUUGGUAAUCCGGGAGUGGUAGACUCCAAAUCAAAGCGCUACAAUGUGGUAAUGAUUGGAGACAGCAGUGUGGGAAAGACCUCCUUCAUGAAAAGAGCUCAAAGUGGGAAGUUUUCUUUAGAUAUACCUUCCUCAAUUGGCCUGGAUUCGCUGAUGUGGCCUGUUGUAAUAGAUGGAAAGCCUAUGAUACUACAGCUAUGGGACACAGCAGGUCAAGAAAGGUUUCACAGUAUCACCAAACAGGUCUUCCACAAAGCCCAGGCCUUUCUCUUGAUGUAUGACAUCACCUCCACCAAUAGUUUUUCCGCAGUCAGUUACUGGGCAAACUGUAUUCAGGAGUCUGCUGCUGAAAAUGUGACUGUUUUGCUUCUUGGAAACAAGAGCGACUGCUCAGAACGACGGGUUAAAACUCAUCAGGGGGAAAUUCUUGCUAAGGAAUAUGACUUUGAGUUCAUGGAGUGCAGUGCUGCCACGGGUGAAAACGUGAUCCAGUCUUUGGAAGUUGUAGCCAGGAAGCUGAGUCAAAGAAUUGACUCAAGAGAAGAAGCCACAGUGUUGCACAAAGAGCCAGAACAGAAAAAAAGCUCAAGAUGUUGCUGAACAAAUGUGUUUGUCUUCAAAAAAAAAGAAAGAAAAAAAAACAAGUGGUGAAAUCCUGAAAACAAGAACACGCUGUACUCAUCUGGCUUUCUUGUAACUCAGUGCAUUAUAUUUUAUUAUUUGUACUACAUGCCUGCAUAUUUUCAGUGUUGUUAUAUUUAGAUAUAAAAUUAUUUCUUCAAAGGCCUUAUAUUAGAAUAUUAGUUUAUAGUUAGUAGUGACCAAAGUUAUAUAGUUCAGAAAGUGAAGGCUUUUUCAGUGUUUGCUUAAUAGCUAUCCAAUAAUUUAAUACAUAUACAAGCUUACUGUAUUUAAUUAUAUUUGCACCGUGUGUUUUAUCUUGCAAUAUAACAAUUUUUGUGCAAUAUUGUGCAACUUCAAAUAAUUUCAAAUCACACGAUUGACAUUUUUCCAGAUGAAGCUGUAACAACUAAAAUCACAAGUUUAAGAUUUUAUGUGCAAUUUCACAAAGUUCAUCUCUGUUGUUGUACAUCGACUAAAUGUUUAGUCUACAUCCUCUUCACUUUAUGGAUUUACUAUACUGAAAUUUAAUGUAAAUGUGUAUAUAGUAUGAUUAAUUUAAACAGGAGAAUACCCCAUUCAUAUAUUACCAGAGAUCAAGAUGUGACCGAGAGCAAAUCUAGUACAGUGGUAAAUAAUUAUUAUAGUAAAUAUAUAUUAAACAUAAUUAUACUUGCUUUUUUGUGAUUUUGUUUAGCCUUUCUUCUAAGUUGGCAUUCAUCUUAAUUCAGUCAUCACAACUGUCAGAUCUGACACAUAAUUAUGAAUAAACAUUACUCCCCUAUAAUUAUAGUGCCAGGGACAUGAUCAGCAGUUAUAUAUGUAAAUGUAUUUUUAUGUUCCCGUGCAUUUUCUUUGUGACCAAGUACCUUUAAACCAAUUGUUUUAAUGGCGUGUCGCAUGAUUAAUAAAUCUCCAGAUAAACAA